CGGUGGCCCUGCAGCGAACCUCCUGCCACCGGUGGCCCUGCAGCGAACCUCCUGCUAAACGCAUGCGCGGUGCCGAAUGCAGCUGCUGUCGGUGGUUCUCCGAUUCGGGGCGGCGAGGUGCCAGAGUAACAAUCACUUCGCGCAUGCUCACAGUCUCCAGGUGGGCGGUGUUUUCCUUUCCGCGCAGUGCUGAAGCGGAUCUUCUGUGGCAUCGGGAAAGGGUCCUCGCCUCCUGGGUCGGGGAGCCGGGGGUCGGGAUCACUGUCCGCAGGCCGAAGAUAUCAGUUUUCCCAGCGUUAGACCUGCGGUGAGAGAUUUAUUGGAAGGAAAACCCCAACUGGAAGCAAACCACGACUGAAGACGAGGGAACAGCAACAAGUGAACCAGCCCGAGGAUUGAGAGCAUCAACUGGAGAGAACCCAUCUGACUCGGAGAUUCCAGUGAUUCAGUCAGGAGAAAGUUUGAUCUGGGCUGAGAGAUUUAUUGGAAGAAAAGCCCACAACUGGAAGAAAACCACAACUGAAGAUGAGGGAACAGCAACAAUGAACCAGCCCGAGGACUGAGAGCACCAACCGGAGAGAACUCUUCUGAAUCACGGUUUCCAUUGAUUCACUCAGGAGAAAGUUUGGGCAUCACCAGCAGGUGGGGCUGUCCUGCACUGCGACCAAAUGUAAACAAGACAACGACAAUCAACAAUCGUCAGUCAGAAUCAGAAUGGCUACAGGAUUAUGUAUUGCAUUGAACUGCUGCUGCUAAGUUAACAAAUUUCACGUCACAUGCAGGUGAUAAUAAACCUGAUUAUGAUUCUGUUUUAAUACCCCGAUCCAUGCCUGGUCUGCGGCCAAAUGGUAAACGUGGGAAAUUAAAUCGGGUACAGAAAGUACUCAGGAGGUUUUUACCAGGCAACUCAUCGAGGGAAGAUGAUCGGGACACAGGAAGCAAGGUACCAAAGCAGGGUCAGAUUGAGAGCAAUGUCCCAAUGGAAUGCGGUCCGGCCGCAGCGGAUAUGGAGCAAGUUCAGCCCAGAGACAGUGACGUCAGAGCCACUGAGCAGGACCCUGGAACCGGUACAAGUGAGGCGACUGUCUGUCAGCCCAGAGACAGUGACGUCAGAGACACUGAUCAGGACCCUGGAACCGGUACAAGUGAGGUGACUGUCUGUCAGCCCAGAGACAGUGACGUCAGAGACACUGAUCAGGACCCUGGAACCGGUACAAGUGAGGCGACUGUCUGUCAGCCCAGAGACAGUGACGUCAGAGACACUGAGCAGGACCCUGGAACCGGUACAAGUGAGGCGACUGUCUGUCAGCCCAGAGACAGUGACGUCAGAGACACUGAUCAGGACCCUGGAACCGGCACAAGUGAGGCGACUGUCUGUCAGCCCAGAGACAGUGACGUCAGAGACACUGAGCAGGACCCUGGAACUGGUACAAGUGAGGCGACUGUCUGUCAGCCCAGAGACAGUGACGUCAGAGACACUGAUCAGGACCCUGGAACCGGUACAAGUGAGGCGACUGUCUGUCAGCCCAGAGACAGUGACGUCAGAGACACUGAGCAGGACCCUGGAACCGGUACAAGUGAGGCGACUGUCCGUCAGCUCGGAAGCUCAUUGAACAUGAAAUGGUCAAGUGUCCAACAAGGAGCAGAGCCAGGGUUUACAAUCUCUGACCUCCUGGCACAGGGGGAGGAAUAUCGACUGUACCAACUGACAAAGUUCUACAGAGACAGACUCAUACAAGCAAUUGAAGAAAAGGUUGAAAGACUCGGUUGGAUGUUGACAAAGGAGGGACAUUUCAGUAGAGAAGAAAAUGAGAAAGUCACUGAACUGACAGAGAAGGGAAACCGGACAGAGAGUUCCAGACUCUUCCUCAGCUUGGUGAUGGGCAAAGGCUCCCGGGCCCGGAGGGCGAUGUGGGAAUCCUUUGUGAUGUGGAGGACUGAGUUACCGAAGUUGGACAGAAUACUGAGGGAAAUACAGGAACUCGGUCCUGAUCCACAGGAAUACAUGAACAUCGCCCAAGGGUUAUCUGAAUUACCCACUCAACUGAUAGAUGUUCAACAGAAACACAAGGAGACUCUGCGGGCACAAACUGAAACACUGAGAGUGAACACGAUCCUGAUGAGGGAGAAGGUGAAGGUUUUCCAGCUGGUUGAUCGAUACGCUGAGCUCACGGUCAUUUCUACUGUUCGAGAUCGGAGACUGGUGGAACAUGAGCUGCUGGCAAGAGGCAGAGACCACGAGGAGUGGAGAGAGGAACAUCUCCGCAGAGAGCUGGAAAAAAUCCGGACUGACCAGUUCUUCCAGAGCAGCUUUUCCCGGAGUAAAUCCAAAUCUGAGAGUUCCGCAGCAGUGGCUGGAGUCCCGGGAAUCGGAAAAACAACAAUGGUACAAAAGAUUGUUUAUGACUGGGCCACAGGGAAAAUACACCAACAGUUCCAGUUUGUCUUCAGUUUUAAAUUCCGGGAUUUAAACUCCAUUAACGGCAGAAUAAACCUGAGGAAAAUGAUUCUGGAUCAGUAUCCUUACUUUGGGAAUUUUAUGAGAGAGGUCUGGAAGAACCCAGAGGGAUUGCUGUUUAUAUUCGACGGUUUAGAUGCAUUCAAACACAGAAUCGAUUUUUCUGACAGUCAGAGAGAUACAGAACCCAACCACCAGUGCCCAGAUCCCGAGUGGUGGUGUGAAGUGUCUGACAUUGUGUACAGUUUAAUCCAGGGCAAGCUUCUCCCAGGGUGUUCAGUGCUGGUGACCACCCGUCCGACGGCAUUGCAUUUAUUGGAAAAGGCAGAGAUCAGUAUCUGGGCUGAAAUCCUGGGAUUCGUUGGUGAGGAACGGAAGGAAUAUUUCAUCAGGUAUUUUGAAGAUCAGACGGUGGCAGCAGCUGUUUUCAAUCACAUGGAGGAGAACGAGAUCCUGUACACCAUGAGCUACAACCCCUCCUACUGCUGGAUCCUCGCUCUGGCACUGGGACCCUUCUUCACACAAAGAGUCAGGGACCCGCAGCGAGUUCCCAAGACCAUCACCCAACUGUAUUCCUAUUAUAUUUACAACAUCCUGAAAAACCACGGCUGUGAGAUUAAGAACCCCCGUGAUGUGUUACUCAGGGUUAGUCAGAUGGCCUUCAGAGGAGUGUCCGAGAAGAAGAUUGUGUUUACAGAUGGAGAUUUGAUCAAAUACAAUCUGCAGCCUUCCCCGUUCCUGUCUGGAUUUCUGAUGGAGCUUUUGGAGAGAGAGGAUUCUGCCCGAAGCGUGGUGUACACAUUCCCACACCUCACCAUCCAAGAGUUUGUAGCUGCAGUCGCACAAUUCCUGAAUCCACAUCCCGGGGAUAUCCUGAAAAUCCUCACUGAGGCCCACAACACAACAGAUGGGCGAUUUGAGAUGUUUCUCCGUUUUGUUGCUGGUCUCUCCUCCCCAAUGACAGCUCGGGGCCUGGUGGAGUUUCUGGGGCCAUUUCCCCAUGAAACAACCUGCCGGGUGAUUGACUGGAUGAAGGAGGAGGUUAAACGCUGGAGUGGAAACACGAGGAGUGAAGCUGGUAAAAGAAGCCUCAUGAACACAUUGCACUACCUGUUUGAGUCUCAGAAUCGUGGACUGGCUCAGGCCGCACUGGGAUCUGUGGAAAUACUUUCAUUCAGUGGAAUGACACUGACCCCGAUUGACUGCGCGGUCCUGUCUCAUGUCAUCGGACUCUGUGAUACAAUAAAACACCUCGACCUGUGGAACUGCCACAUUCAGUGUGAAGGAAUCCAGCGGCUGGGACCCGGGCUGCACAAGUGCCAGGAGUUGAGACUGAGUUUUAAUAAACUGGGAGAUUCAGGAGUGAAACUGGUGUCUGCGGCUCUGAGGAACCCGGAGUGUAAAAUACAGAAACUGGGGUUGUUCAAUAUCGGUCUCACAGAUUCUGGUGCCGAGGAUCUCGUCUCCGCUCUCAGUACAAACCCAUCACUGACGGAGCUGAAGCUGGGAUCAAACUCGCUGACAGACCGAUCUGUCCCCGAUCUCCGCAGUCUCAUACAGACCCUCCCGAGUCUGGAGUGGAUCAUGCUGGGGGACAAUCAGUUCAGUGACACCGGGAAGAAGGAACUGAGAUCUCUGCAGGGAGUCAGACCUGGACUGACAGUGACCGUGUGAACAUCUGAAUGUGUGAACAUCCCCGCCCGCGGGAUGGGGACAUUUUCGCCGAUUCCUCGCCCCCCCCCUUUAACCCCGCCCCCACCUUCCCCUUAUCUUUAAUGGCCACGCGCCAGGUUUAAUUCCCAACAGUUUUAACGGAACUAGCUUCUCUCGUUGUGACGUUUUUCGCCUCCUGUCCAGCGGCGCAGCUUCCGCCGGAUGUGCGGGUUCGAGACCCCGGGGAAUGACACAGACGGGAAGAGCCCGGGGGCCGGGGCUCAGUCUGGGACACCGGUGUCCCGGGGUGGGAUUAUCCCGGGAGUACGUAAUGCUGGCUGGCCUGCUGCGUUCACGGGCAACUUUUACGUUUCAUGCCGGGGAAUUACACAGACAGGAAGGGCCCGAUGAUGGCGGGUUUUUUCUGAGACACGGAUGACUCCUGACCGGCGUGGAUAACUUCACUCACAUCAUCUCUGAACUGAUUCCACAACCUACGGACUCACUUUCAAAGAAUCUACAACUCGUGUCAUUAUUAUUUAAUAUUUUAUUUGCACAAAUUUGCCUUCCUUUGCACGUUGCUUGUUGUUUAGUCUUUGUUUUUGUAUAGUUUUUCAUAAAUUCUGCUAUAUUGAUUUAUUGUCCUGUAAAUGACUGCAAUAAAAUGAAUCUCAGGGUAGUAUAUGGUGACAAAUAAGAACUUUGAUAAUAAGCAACACGCAUCAAAGUUGCUGGUGAACCCAGCAGGCCAGGCAGCAUCUGUAGGAAGAGGUACAGUCGAGACCCUUCGUCAGGACUAACUGAAGGAAGAGUUAGUAAGGGAUUUGAAAGUGGGAGGGGAAGGGGGAGAUCCAAAAUGAUAGGAGAAGACAGGAGGGGGAGGGAUGGAGCCAAGAGCUGGACAGGUGAUUGACAAAAGGGAUAUGAGAGGAUCGUUGGACAGGAAGCACACAGAAUCUAUGGCGAAGGAACAUGCGGUGCCCGUGGAUACAAUUCCGGGAUCGAAUGUGUUAUUGAUUGUAAUAACAGUAUUUUAAUUUGUGUUUUAUAUCGUCUUGGGUAUUGCAUGUAUGUUUCAAUUCUAAUAAUGUUGUCAUUGAAUAAACUAAUGUAUAUAUCUCGGAUAUUCACACAUACACAUAUACAUGUGUGUUUUGGGGAGGAGGGGAGAGGGGUUUGGGAGGAAGAGGAGUGACGGGACGAGGAGUGGACUGAUGAGACGGUGACCGUAGCAAAGUCAAUAGGGCACGGAAAGGGGAGGCGAAAGUUCCUGUCACAAACUGGUGGUGACGUGGAUAACAUAGAGUCGGGGUGAGGAGGAGUGAAACCACAGGA